GGGGGGGGGAGGGAGAGGGAAAGACAGAGUGGCAGGUAUAGAGUAAGAGAGGGAGACGGAGAUGGGUGCAGAGUUAGAGAAAAUAGUGAGAAAUGACUUAGGGAGAUAGAGAGAGAAACAGAGGGGAAGCCGACUGUCCAUUUGCUUCUGCAAGCUGACGGACGCAGCAGGUUUUUGAUGGUGACUGACUCACAUGCAGCCCUGAAGAUCCAGACACAGCUGAGCAAAGAAUUUCAAACCUACGAAUGGACCAACUUUGCUGGUGACACGUAUCUCACUGCUCUCGCUGCGGCCAGACUCUGGUGCACUGGCAGAGUAGGUGCAGUGAGCCUCGAGGGAUGCCGCUCAGCCCGUCGUGACCCGUGGUCGGCAAAGAGAGGUGUCAGGAUGCUGAGGCACGGGACGGCCGUGUACAUCGCACUCCUCAUUGUUCUCGUUGCUCCAGUCGCAGUCUUUGGCAGAGGGAACAGCAGGGCGGCCCAGACAGAAGCGGCGCUGAAGGACCUGCUGCAUGCCUGGCGCAAAGGUGGAGGUUGGCAGCCCUACAGGGAAAGGCCUGCGGCAGUCAGGGCUCGGGAUCAGCAAAUCCACUCCGCGGUGAAGAACAUCGUUGGGGGGCUGAAAACACUGGGCCUGCUGCCUCGGGGGGACAGCAGCCAGCCAGAACUGGACAAGGCGUUGGACCGGAACCGGCUCUCGGGUUUUCUGUAUAAUAUCUCCAUGUACCUGCAGGGGGUGGGAGAGGCCAAGGACAACCCCCAUCCAUCAGACCAAGACCAGUUCUGGGAGAAUGUGCUCUAUUCCUUUCUCCAGCUCAACAAGGAGGGUCUGUACUCUACUUGGGAUGGCAAGGUGGCACCCAGACCAACUUUCAAAAUGUUAGACCUCUUCCUGUCGCUACGAGGCAGCCCUCACUGGGACGGGCUGCUGGGCCUGGUGCAGGCCAUUGCCAGCCUCUCAGGGCAGCAGAACCAAAGACCUUUGCUCACGUUCUUCUCGCAGAACUGGAGGAUGAUCAGUGCACUGCUGGACGCCACACUGCAGGGGCUGCUCAGUGGCACCUACGGCCAGGCCAGUGCAGGGGUCCAGGGCUUCAUUUGCAUUCUGAAAGGGCGUGACGACUGCGCCUUCAAUGUCGGCUGGCUCCAGCAGCUCACGGACUUCCUGGAGACGCGGAACUGGAAGCCCGUCAUCAACCUGCAUCCCGCGAUACUGGCCGGCGAGCAUCACACCGGGUCCCCCUCAGCUGGACGAUUUAAGCCCUUCAGCAUGCUUCCAGAGGCCUUCCGAGAGGACAGCCACCCAAUCAACCAGACGAGGCCCAAUUCUGAGGACCUGGGAUCGAUGAGCUCUCUCCUCCUGCAGGCACUGUCGAGGUCCAGUCCUGCAGAGCCGGCCAGCCGAUUGGCUGAGCCGAACCCUGUCCUCCUGAAGGGAUUGGAUGGUCUGCGACGGGGUCUUCUGCACAGGGUGGGAAGCUCAGUCUAUGGUAACCUGCGAAAGAAGGUAUCCCAUGUGACCGAUGCUCUGCUUGAUGAAGUCAGCAGUUUGGUGGGUGUACCCCACCCCAACCAGCAUGGGAAAUGUUCUGUAGGUGACUUAAGACAGCUAAUUCUGUGGGGCAUCAGGAAUAACCUGACCUGGAAUGUCCAGGCUUUGGGCUUCAGUUCCCAAGGGCCUCCCACUAGGCCCCAGUUUCGGUCCUGCCCCUCGUUCCAGGAAGAUGGAAGAUCAUCCAGACCGCUGCGUCCGGCUCAAAGGCCUCGGUCCAUCAAGCCUCACCCAUCGAAGAGCGCAGGCUCGAAGCGGAGGGGCUCUGAGUAUCUCUCUUCCGCAGAGAUCCUGGAGGCAGCUUGUAACGACUCCAUUCCAGGCCUCACUGGAGUCUCCAACUUCACUGUCUUCCUCUACUGCAACCUAUUCGACGGAAACGAUGACGGCACCGUCGCUGAAGCCGGUCACGUUGGGCCGGACCUGCACGCCUCGUGCUCCGACGCUGCCUGGUACCUCUCUGCUGCGGAGGAGGACUUCUUUUGGGUGCACGUGUGCAGUGAAUUUUUCGCCCGCGAGUUCAACAACACUGUCUGCGCCAACGCCUCCUUUUGGCUGCAGCGAGCUCAGCAGGCAUCUCUGACCCAAGAUUACCAGUACCUCAACCGGACCGGCAUCGAUGAACUGUGUGUGCAGCUGUCCAGUAAGACCUCAGGAGGCUCAGGCCCAGAUCCUGAUGAUGAAUGUCUCACGCAGCUCCGCACUCGCUCCCUCAGUGCUCGGGACUUCAGGAGGUGCUUCCUCCCAAACAGCUCUACCCUCGUCGCGUCUCUCUGCGGGAACGACUCGGAGCCCUACCCCCAUGAAAGUGGCUGGGCAGCAGAUUACUGCUCCAGAGUUCUCCACAAUGAUAGCUCCGGCCCCUUGGGGCAGGAACCCUGUGACUACGAGCACUGGGGAGGCGAACACUUCACUAACCACACCCUGCUACAGCUGUGCGCGGGGACAGAGGGAUUGAAGGAGCACAUUUGCCUCAACGCCACCCUGCUCCAUCCAUUGGCGGCCGCCCAGCCUUGGGUGCUGGGAUGGUGCUCUGACCUGGGGUUGGAACCAGCUGGUGGUGGAGAGAAAUGCUUCCUGCAGCGGGUUUUCGAUAUGCUGCCGGCACCCUACAACUUCGACACCUCCCGGCUGUGUGCCAGCCCCGCCCCCUUCCUGUUGGAGGCGCUGUACAGCCUGAGUCAGUGCGAGGGGGGGCGGGAUGAGCGGGUGGGCUGGCUGGGUGCGGUACGGUAUGUGCUACGUGUGCUGGACUUUGUGGUGGGCAUCUCCGCGGGGCUAGAGGAGGGCGAGAGUGACGUACGACAAGGUUUAAGCCAGGCCAUCCUGCUCUCCAGCCUCCUGGACAACACCUCCUUCUGGGGUACCCUCCGGCCCAAUGCCUCCCUCAGCGUUCUCCACACCAUUGGGCUCUUCCUCAGAAAAGAGCAAGACCCCUCCCUGAAGGAGGACCUGUUGAGCUGCUUCAGUCCUGUUCUGUGGGACCUCAUCCAGAGGGAGGACAACUCCUCAGCCCUGAGGGUCCUGUUCCAGGAGUACCUGCAGAUGCCGAGAGAGAGCAUCCGCACGCUGGUGAUGACUGCUGAGAAGGAGGCUGUGAAGAGGUUCCUGUCCCACAUGCGGCAGAGCUGGGACCAGCUGCAGGUGGAAACAGCCCAGGCAUCCCAGAAGGAACAGCAAGCCAUGGAGACGAUGACCUCUGCUUUCAUUCACAAGUUCACCCGUGUGACUCCUGACCUCUUUGUAGACCUCUCACAGUUCAUCCCAUUCAUGUCUGUUUCCGAUAUCAUGACCUUCCCGACCUCCCUAAUGGUCAACGAUAGUGUGCUAAUGGCUAUUCGUGAUCACAGCUCUGAGAUGAAGUCUCCACAGAAAAGAGCUUUUGUCAAGCGGCUCCUGCAGACCAAAGUUGUGGAGGAGGUCCCGUCCUGGCCGGCGUACUUCCUCAGCUCCAUCCUCCCGCUGCUUCCAUACGUCCCUGUCUGCUACUUCCAGAGGCUGACAGUGCAGCAGCUCAGUCCCCUGGUGGAGGAUCUGGGGAACAGCAGCCUCGAUGCCACCAGGGGGCGCCAUGUGCUGCGCACCGUUUUCAGCAAGAGUAAGAACCUGACAUGCGUGGAUGUGAGCCGGCUCGGGACUCUGGCGUGUUACCUGAACCCUGAAGAGCUACACCAGCUUCUCAUGGUCUCACCACCGCUGUGGCGCCAGCUGGCCACGUGUGUGUCGGAGGGACAUGCCAGCUCCACGGGCCGGCUGGCUCACUGGCUGGCCCUCGCUGUCAGGCAUCUCGACGCCAGCAGCCUGUCCCCACCGGAGCUGAGCGCACUGCGCGGCCUGCUGCCUCGUCUGGGAGCCUCCUUCCUCCAGCCCUUUCCCGCCCCCAGACUCCUGCAGAUCCUCUCCCAGCCCGGCCUGCCCAGCUACCCCCCGGCCCAGGCUUUCAGGAUUUUAACGAAGUUAACUCAGGAAGUAAAUCUCCGGCUGGGUGAACUGUGCAGGCUACAGCCCCUCCUGAAGGGCCUGUCUCCCUCGGUUCUGAGGGCCCUGUCCGGGCCCACGCUUGGGGAACCGUCCCCCUGUCGGUGCUGGAACACUCUCCUGUCCAGGCUGCCGACGCCGACCCAGAGAGCCGUACUGCACAGCAUCCUUCAGGAGGCGUUGGAGAAGAUCUCGGGAAACACCAGCCUACGACUGCAGUGCCUCCUUCCCUACGUGCCCCUGAAGAUGCUGGCUUCAGCGUUAGAUGGCCCCGCUGUCCUGAGGUCUAUUGCCACCUACAGACACCUGCCCUGGUCUCCCCAGCAGGCUCAGCUCCUUUUCAAGAAGAUCCUUCAAACCACAAACAUAACAAGAGAGUCUUUAAGGGCCCUGGGCCGUAUUGCCAGUGGGAUGAGCUGUGAUUGGUUCAGGCUCUGGGCCAAUGAGUCCGGUUUCUUGGAGUUGCUGUUUCUGGUCACUGAACUGCCAGGAGGGAUGACACCAUCUUUGAGAAAAUGUGUUGUGGAGGAGCUUCUGAAAAGACCAAGGAGUGAUUUAAAUAUCCUGCCCCCAUCCUUCUCUGCAGGAUUACCAGUGCAGCUGCUUGAGAGCCUGUCUAACGCGUCCUUCAUGGCUGUUCUCGAACACAUCCGCCGGGACAUCGGCGGAUUCCUCCGGCUUCCACGCCACAAGCAAGCGGCUUUAGCAGAAAGAGCCGUUGCCAUACUGGCCAUCUCUCAGGAGGAGGAUGUCUCUGGAGCUGCUUUAGACCUCCUGGGUCCACUCAUGCCCUUCCUGGACCGGGACACGUUUGGACAAGUGGAGCGGGAGGCUCUGAGGCUGAGGCUGGAUGAGAUGAAGGGCUACUGCCUGCCCCAGGACACCAUGAAGGAGAUGGCCAGGAUCCUCACCCAGAGAGACCUGCUGGGGGACCCAGCCACUUGGACCAUUGAGGAAGUGGAACACACUGGCAGGCUGCUGUUUGCCCUCUCACCUUCUCAGAUUGCGUCUAUUCCCCUGGAUGUGCUGAGACCAGAUGUGGUGGAGCAAGUCCUGGAGAGCCAGAAGAGCUGGGAGGACAGCGAGGUGGGCCAGAGCUGCAAGCCUCUGGGGGAGCUAGUCGAGAAGAGAGAGAACCUGGUCCGGGGCAUCGUCCGGAGACGGGGCAGGCGGAGGAAAGCAGAACCAGUCCCGGGCUGUGCAGAUAUCAAGGGCACGUUUCCCUCGGCCUGGACAGCAGCUCAGCUGGGCCGGAUGGAGGAGGAGGAGCUGGCCAACUGUGUGGAGGAUCUGGCUCAGGAUGAUUCCCUCAGUCCCGAACAGCGUCGGGCACUGUGGGCGCUACUCCGCCAGUCCUAUGGUCCAGCGAAAAGCCUGACCCGUGAGCGGAUCUUGGAGCUUGGCUGUCUGGUGACGGAAAUGAACGAAAGGGAACUUCAGGACACCAACCUGGCAGACCUGGGAACAGUAAUUCACCUGGGUGCCUGGAGGGGAUGGACACCUAAGAAGGUGAGGGCAGCCAUGAUGAGUUUUCUACGUCAUAGUGACCUGAAGCUGGAGGAGCUGGAAGCUACAGAGUUGGCGUCUCUUGGGAAUCUCCUGUGUGGACUUAGUCCCACGGAAAUCAGCCGCUUGGACCCCAAACAUCUCAGCAUGGCGACCCUGUUCCUGAGAGACCUGCGCCUACCGUGCUCCGAGCAGCAGAUGGAAGCUCUGCUUUCUCAGCUCUCACGUCCUCAAGGCUUCGGCCCCAUCAGCAGCUGGGGACCUGAGAUCUUCACCGAGAUUGGAAACCUGGCAGUGGGACUACCUGACAUGGUGCUGUCUGCGCUGGUGAGGGAGCAGGUGGAGGGACUGACCCCAGAAGUUAUUGCUCUGAUCCCACCCACCAAGAUGGCGGUGGCGCUCAGCUCUCCCCAGCUCUCCUGGCUGACUGUGGAGCAGGCAUCUGCUGUGACUGAGGAGCAGUGGUCUGAGCUGGGGGGCGAGCAGAAACGUGCCCUGGCUAUGGCUCUGUAUGAAGGGGACCUCCCCCUGGAGCACAGGGGGAGAAACCUGGCACCUCUGGCACGAUCUCCUGAUUGCCUUACACUAUGGCUGUUGUGUUUGUCCUAUUUGUUAAAGAACGCGCUACUGUUGCCCUAGUGUUGCUCCACCCCAGGAAAAAGCAUUUGUACUGAAAAAUAAACACCAUGUUUUUGCCACUGUUCCUUUUCCUUAAAUAAACUGUUUGUAUAACGU